CAACAGUCCAGUCACUGAUCCCUCUACGACCUGAAGCUUCUCUUUCAUUCACGUGCAGUCGCGUCGAGAUCAAGAGAAGGGAGACCCCAUCGACGUCACUCACUGUGUUUGCUGGCGCGUUGACUCUUCGUCUUGUGUUUUCCCAAGUCGCUGGUCGCUCAUUUUACCCUUCACAAAUAUCUCACUCAAAUAGUGUGAACCCAUUGCUCCGCUCUUUUCCAUCUCACUCAUUCAAGGAACUCAUCAACAACGAGCUUAGCUUACAGCGUCUCGACCAUCAACACAAGAUGCCUCCCAAGAGAAGACAAGCCGAGGACACCAGCGAUGCUGAGCCUCAGUACACCAAGAAGUCCAAGGGCAACACGGGAAAGGCUCAGCCCCAGGAGCUUACCAAGGGAUCCGACCAGGAUGGCAACACCUUCUGGGAGCUUGGAAACAACCGCCGAAUUAGUUCUUCGGUGUUCAGGAAUACUACCCUGGUCAAUAUUCGGGAAUACUACGAUGCUGGUGGCAAGCUGAUGCCAGGCAAGAAGGGCAUCUCCCUCUCACUUGCCCAGUAUCAGAAUCUCCUCAAAGUAAUUCCCCAGCUGAACGCCGACCUUCGUGCCCAAGGUCACGCCAUUGAGGACCCAGGUUUUGCCCAGGUGGCCGAGCAGACCGACGCCCCCAUCGAGACGCCCAAGGUCAAGGCGCUGGAGUCCAACAAGGAAAGCAUCAAGAAGGAGAAGAAGAAGCCCCGCAAGUCCAACAUUGACGUUACCAGCGACGAAGAGGAAGCUGCUGAGGACGAGGACGACGACGAGUAGAGCAGAUCGGUCCGCCAAGCCAAACAUCUUUGGGCGUCGCAAAAAUGGUAAUGCUGGGGCAACAGGAACAUCCGUCACCGGCCAAUCGAACCUCUCUCUUGUGCGGGCGCAAUGCAGAUACCCCCCCUUCUCUACGGUUUUCCAGGUGGCCAGGCAUCUUGGGUGAUAUUUUGUCUCGUCAAUGGCGUAUGAUCUUUGCUUUGUUUCGGGGUAGCGUUUCACUGGCAAUUUAGCUUGUUUGGAGAAAUCGGGCGGGGCGUUUGGUUCUGGAUUGUUGUGGACUGGGACCAUGGGGCAAGCUGCCAAUAUGGUCGGUCUGAGUAUGACUUCUACGACGUGUUAGGCUUAUGAGGGAAGUACUUGGGGAAACGGCGUUGUCGGCUUAUAUCAAAGGUUUCAUCGGUUCUUGAGAAUGUCUCACGACACACACACCAGACGUAUCCCCAGGAGGGCUCUGUCAGGUAACAAAAGCCAUUAAGAAAAGAAAAGUUCAUAUUCCAUGAAACAAAUCAACGCGCUUCUUGUAUCAUAUUGCCAUUACCUUGCUCAUACCUCUUAAUUUCCACAGCUCACGAC